UAGCCAAUGCCGAGGCGGAUGGCACGCUAGUAAUUACACGUGAAGAGCAGCUGCAAAAGAAAGAAAGGACACGCCCCGCGCCCAGCCCACCUCUGCCUUCCACUCCCAAUCCAAAUCGAUCCCCACCUCGCAGUCGCCGCAGGGUGUCCAUCUCGCCGGCGGCGCCGCCGCCCGGAACCCACCUCCCGGUACCACGAGCUCUGACCGGGCGACCGAGCAGCCGGCGAGCCCGAUGAAGGCCUCGAUCAAGUUCCGCGACGACGACCGGCCGCUGAUGCGGGCCAAGGUUCCCGUCGGCGUGCUCGGGCUGCCGUUCCAGUCGGGCCUCGCGGCGGGCGGCGACCCGCGCGAGCUCCGCUUCGACCUCUCCACCGCCUUCGCGUCCGGCCCGGCGCUCCGCCUCUCGUACCGCCCCAACGACCCGGGCCUCCCCUUCGCGCUCGCCGUCCGCGCGGGGCUCGGCCCGCUCGGCUCCCCGGCGCGGGCGCCCUUCGUGCUCGCCGCCGAGUUCAACCUCCUCUCCUCCGACCCCUCCACGCCGGCCUUCUUCCUCCGGCUAAAGCCCCGCCUCGGCGACUUCUCGCUCUCCCACACGCUCCGCUCCGCCGCCGACGGCGCCGCCCCGGCGCCCCGUAAGGUCGGGGAGGCGCCCCCCGACGCCGACGGCCUCGGCCACGGCCGCGAGCAGGAGUUCGGCUACAGGCCGCCGUUCUCGUUCACCGGGAGCGGGCUCGCAGCGGCGGGGACCAAGAGCGGGGUCGGCGCGCUGCUGUCCGGGAUGCGGCUGACGACGCGUAGCGUGCUCCCGCUGUGGGGCAGGGCGAGCCUGCGGUUCAACUGGGGCCUGCGCGUGCCGCCGAAGCUCCUCGCGGACGGCGGCGGCGGCCGCAGCAGCAAGGGCGCGCGCGCGCCCGUCAGCAAGAUGCCGCUGCUGGUCAUGAGCAAGCUCUCCAUCGAGCAGUCCCCGCGCGCCGACGCGGGCAGAAGGAACCCCUCCCCGCUGUGCGUGGACGCGCCGGACGGCCCGGGAGACGGCGAGGCGGCGGCGUUCUCGCUGGUGAGGCGGCAGCUGGAGUCGCUGAACGUGGACAACAUGCUGCUGCGCCGCGCCGUGGAGGACCUCCGCGCCGAGAUCCGGAGCGGCAGCAGGAGGAGCACGCCCGCGGCUGUCGCCGGCGCCAGAGGCGAGGGCAGGGUGGCGGCGACCGCGCCGCCGCCGCCGCCGCCGCCGCCUUACCACGCGUUCCCCGCGAAGCCGGACCGCCCCCGGGGUGCCGCGAGGGAACCCGCGCCCGAGAAGGCGGCCGCGCCGGACGACGUGGGCGAGGAGCUCAAGAAGGCAUUGGAGGCGCGCCUGCGGUGAGCUUAGCCCCGGCGGCCAUCGCGCAGCCACGCCGGCAGGCGGCAGCUCACCGCCGCGGGCAAGCUGCAGCCCUGCUCCUAGUUUCGCGCCUACAGCUUUACUAGCUCUAGCAAUCCGCUACUAUUAGCGAUUUGAGGCUGCUCAUUUGUCCGUGCUGCUUGAUUUUAGCCAUGGUUUUUGAGCAAAUAAUGUAUUGAAGGAUGGUGGCAACUUGUGGGUGGAUUGUUCUGGUUAUUUCUGUGCUGGAUCAUGUAAGCAACUAGUUCAGCAUCACAAUCUGAAUGCGAGAACAAUGCUUAUGCCUUC